AUGCGUAUUAUUUCACUGGAGACCAGUGUUACAUCUUACGACGACAAACCUAACACGUUGGGAAUCUGGACCUACAUUUGGGAUAUAAAAUUCCUAAAGAUACAAGAAUUCAUGGUGGAUAUCUGGCUUGCUUACUCCAUACCAUUACCAUCCAGCCACAGCCAACUGUUAUCCUUAUUUGUGAUCUGCUCCUGCAUUGCGGCAUCUGUCGGAGGCCUCUUCCACUGUUGGAUGUUUUCCUCUCUGCAAUAUUCCUUCCAGUUUUCUGCCUGGGCAUCCUCUGUCCUUAGUUUCCUGGUGUUCUUAGUCCUCUUUUUGGUGCAUCCAGUCCGGUGCCUGUUUACUAUAAUUGUGCCUACAUUAGGGACGAGACAAGGGCGAAGGCUGCUGCUAUCUGCCUGCUUUAUGAUAGUAGCUAUCAACAUUAUCCCAAAUAUUAUGAGCAAUAUCCAAGCAAUCCUGAAAAUCAUUAAGUGCACCUGCAAGAAUUCCAUGGACAGUCUUGUGACCUCAAUGCUCCUGUUGGGUAAUGCUUCCUGGGACUUCAGCCAUUCUCUCAAAAGCAUAAUUGACAACAUGCCAGAUAAAUUUCUGAGUUCAAGGAACAGCCAUGUUCAAUUUAAAAAUCAUAGUAAUAUCUUCCAACUCAAUGAGAAAAUGGUUAACACUAGCCAAAGUAUCCAGGAAGAUUUUUUAUAUGCUGAUAAGCUGGUCCAGAAGAUCAUACUCUUGACCAACCGGGUGACAGCUGGGUUUUUUCUCUUCUAUCUCCUUUUCCAAGCAACAUGGUACCUGAAGAGUUAUCUUACAGAUAUUUGUUUUGAUAAUAUUUACAUUACCCCAAAGCUGGAAGAUCUGGCUCGCGAAAACAAAACAACUGAUUUGCUGAUUUGCACAUCCAGGAAGUUAAUUAAACCAACCAGCUUCAAAUUGUCCCAAAAAGAACUCAAGGCUUCUCUCAGACACAUUUUUCUUCUCACAUUAGUCCUGGUGGUGAUGCUGCUUGUCAUAGCAACUGAUUACAUUGCCUUUCAUUUGGCACAAACAGCUGUAACUGAAGUCACUCAGAUCCCUGUUGUCCCAGUUAUUUUCUGGAUAAAAUAUGAA